AUGGCUACAGAAUCUUUCAGUACUUGUCACCUUGUAUCACCGAUAUUAAUUUUACAUCUUUUUUCCCCUCCCUUUGGGUUUGAUUGGUGUCUUCUUAGCUUACUUCGGUUAAAUCACAGCAGAGUCCAGUUUAUCUGUCUUUUUAUUAAAAUAAAAGUAAAACAGAGUCCACCAUUAAAGUCUCUUUGUCCGUUUCAAAUUGUCAUCUCUCUUAACCAUCAUCCACCCCGGUUAACAUCCCACACGGAACAAUCAGUCAAUAAAUAA